AUGGCCACCCCAGGAGUAUUUCACGAAUAUAUGGACCUUGAAUCUGCCAGCAUUCUCCCUCUUGGCCCCCUCAUCACACAUGAUCAGUUCGAGAACACCAACGCUCGACAGUUGCCACCGACUACGAUGGUGGCACCACCAAGAAAUUCUCUUUCUAAUUCCCAUCCCAUGAACAACGCAGUCUUCGCCGUCGAACUCUUAAACUCCCUCACUUACUUCAGCUAUGCGAACACUUCCGAGCGCGCCCUUGCCCACGAUGUGGCCGUUCGCUUGACAGACGCCUUGAUCGCUUCUGGUUGGCUCGAAGAUGCCGAUCAUAGCACUCUUUGGAUUCGGGGAUCGGGCAGUGGUGCGGAAAUUCGACGCAACCUUAUUCUUGCCGACCGCCUCAACAAGUUGCAGAUACAAUCAGAUCAAAUGAAUGCAAGAGAAGGCGAAACAGCUAAAGCGCGCCAUCACGAAACAUCUUUUCAACUCCACCCUCAUGCGUGUCUCUGA